CUUCGAAGAGAGCGGACGUGCACGACGCGUACGCUGGCGCAUCGCAUCGCUGGAUUUCGUUCGGUUACGUUCUGGCGUGUUUUUUUUCUGUUUGUCGCGUUGUUAUUAACUUUUGUAUUUUACUACCACUACGGAACAUUGUAUAAUUUCUGUUCUCCGUCGUUUACGCGCCGCUUUUUUUGCCUUUUUGCCACCUGUACAAGUGUGUACUGGAAAAAAGAUAGUUCGGGAAAUAGAACGUUUUCAAUGCCGGCUUUAAAGUGUGUGUUUUGCUGACGUUCCCAACUGUCAUAUCUAAUUCGUGCUAACCGUCGGAAGAAAUAGUAAUCAUAAAAGUGGAAAGAGCAGAGCAAGAGUGCAAGCGAAUAUAUUCAGUUAUUAUCAGCAGAUAUCGCGUAUACGACGCGUGUUGCCUUCAAGGUAAAACGCAAAGUUAGUGCCCCCUUUUCCCCUCCUCCUUUUUUCUCUCUGUGUAUGUUUGAGUGCGUAGCCGAAUAUUAAGUGAAUUACAGAAACAACAACGAGCUACAGUAGCAAGUACAUCAGUUACUAUUAAAUUAUAUUGCAAGUUACAAGCAGAGGGAGAGAAAACAAAAAAAUAAAAAACACAAAAACAAAAAAUAAUCAACCGAAACAAGGCGAAAAAAAUACACAACAAAAACAAACAAUAACAGUGGCAGAGGCAGCGAAAAGAACGUUUAAGUGAGCAGAGUCGUCGACGUCGACUGCAGCAGAGGGUGCAGCAGCGGCAGCAACAACAACAGCGAAAACAGCAACAAAAUGUCGAAAAACUGUUGAGCCAACAAGAUGCAAGCGGUCAUGGACACGGCCGCCAUGGCCAUUGCCGUGGGCUCCUCCGUUUCCGGCUCCGCUUCCGGCCUGAGCUCCGGCUCCAGUUCCGGCCCAGGUAGCAGCAGCAGCAGCGGGAGCAGCAGCGGCUACGGCAGCGCCACGACCACGCCCACCGGCGGCGGCCACUACGCGGACAACUCGCCCACCUCGCUGCCGAUGGCCACGAUUGCCACGGUGGCUCCGUUCUACAGCGAGGCGCUCACCUCCCUGGACGCCCAGCAGCGCCACCAGCAGCAGCAGCAGCAGCAGCAGCAUCAACAGCAGCAGCAGCAGCAGAACCCGGGCCACUACUACCACCAGAACUACGGGUACGACCCCGGCUACAACUACAGUGCGGCUCCGUACAACGCGUACAGUGCGCCCGCGGCGAGCCAGCAGUUGUCGGGCAGCAGCUACCCCGUGGGCAGCAACCGCUACGAGAAGCUGGCCCCCAGCUCGGGGGUCAAGUACGGCCAGGUGAACCCCAUCGGAGGCAGCGCGGCCAUCAAGCCGCAGGCCACGGCCACGCCCUUCUACGCCCAGCCGCUCUCCGGCGGAGCGGCAGGAUCCGGCGGCUACAUGGCCCAGUCGAGCGGCAUGUACGAUCCGUACAAGUACAAGAUGGCCCCUGUCCAGGCGACCUCGCAACCCAUGAUGCCGAGCAGUCAGACGGGUGCCUCCUACGGCCACGGGCUGUCCCUCAAUCCCGGAGUGGCGCAGAAGCAGGCGCAGAUGCCACAGAUGCCGCAGCAGCCGCAGCUGACCCAGCUGGAGCCCAACUACGCGGCCAUCAAGCCGAGCAGGAGCUACCAGGGAAUGGCCCCUUCUGCGGUCUACGGCGGAGCGGGGGCCAGCUCCGGCGGAGUGGUGAGCAACCCGUCGGCGCAGUACUACGACAAGUACGGGAUGGCCAUGUCCAUGUACUCCCCGAAUGCGGGACUGCCCAUGUACAGCCAGCCGGGGGAGCUGGGACCCGACUCCGGCGGACUGCAGACGUACCGCAAGUCGGCGAGCAGCUGCCACUGGGGCGUGGACUACAACUCGCCCAACUACCGAUCUCUGCCGCCGACGGCUCCGGUGGCCAACAGCUCGUACCACCCGCACCCGCACUCGGGACCCGCUCCCGGACCAGGACCAGGACAUGGACCAGGACAUGGAGCAGGAACCAUCAACAGUGACCUGUACUACGGCUCCUCCAAGUACGAGAAGUACGGCGGGCACGGGAGCACGGGAGUGACGCCCUACGGCAGCAAUCCGUACGCGGGUCCCGCGAUCACGCAGUCCUACGCCGGACGGAACCUCUGGUCCGGAGCGGAGGGGGCGCCGGCCAACUCCCGCCAGAACUGCUGCUCCCAGGGAUACGCCCUCAACCAGCAGAGCUGCUACUUCCCGCGGCAAGUGGCCAAUGGCUACGCAUCCGGACCCUUCGCAUCCGCGGGCAGCUCCGCGCAGGCGCAGCCCCAGUAUCCCGGAACGGGAGGAGUCGGAGCAGCCGGAGCAGCCAUGAAGCUGAAGCAUCCAACCGACAUGUACCACAGCCCCUUCGUGGGCGAGGCCACGCCCACCCAGCUGGGCUACGGAUACAGCCCGCCGGCGCUAGCGGGAUCCAGCAGCUCGAGCGGCAUGAGCAGUCAGAGGUACGCAGCUCCUCCUCUUGGCCUGGGAAUGGGCAUGGGCAUCGGAAUGGGCAUUGGGGGGAGCAUGGGUGGCAUGGGAGGAAUGGGGAUGGAGCCCGGCAGCGGGGGCUACUACAACGACCUGAGCCUCAGCAGCCUGGAUAACUACGUGGCUCCCGCGAUGCCCUCGAUCCCCCAGCCGACGCAGAUGAGGACGCAGCCGUACCAGGAUUACCGCAAGCGGUCCGCGAUGGUGGGCUCCUCCUCCUCGGGGAGCUGCUACCUCAGCCAGCCGGGAGGCGGAGGAACUGCCCUCAGCAGCCUGGAGUCGCAGGUGGAGAACUACGUGGGCUUCAACCUGCACGCCACCGCCCCCUCCAACAUGAACUACCAGGUGGAGGCGGCGAAGGCCACGCCGAACUACAACAUCCGCGACUUCCUCUCCACCUGGAAGGUGGACGACGAGGACGAGGCCGCGGCUGUCCUGGAGCUGGAUCCCCCGGCGGUGGCCGUGGUGGCCCCGGUGCCCAACCCCGCGUCCAGCUUCAUGUACGAAUCUCUGCCGCCGACGGGACCGCAGGCCACUGCCGUCCAGGUGGACCACCAGGGCAUCAACCUGCCGGACAUCAUCAUAGACAUCGAGAAGGCGAAUGCGAACGGGAACGGUGUUCCCGUGGAGGACUCCUUCGCCAGCUUCGACGUGGAGAAGGAGCUGGACGAGCUGCGGCUCAAGACGAGUGCCUCGGAGCAGCCGCCAGUGGGGGAGAGCGACGCCCUGGCGGAGAUCCUGCGCCAGCCCGCGAGUGCUCCCCUGAUGGAGGAGCAGCCCCUGCCCAGUCCCGUCCUCGGCGGCAGCGAGGUCUUCUCGGCCCAGCCUCCCGUGGCCAUGGACUUUGACCAGAACAACAGCUCCAACUCGAACGAGUCCACCUUCGCCAAGGAGUACGAGACCUUCAUCCACAAGAUCGAGGGUUCCGAGAGCGAGGCGGAGGCGGAGGCCGAGGAGGAGGUCGCCCAGGAGGAGGGCGAGUACCGGGAGAACCCGAAGAGGUUCAAGUUCUACAAGAGGAAGCGCAGGACGACGGAGCCGCAGGAUAACCUGGUCCAGAACGGGGAGGUUCAGCAAGUGGAGCAGGUAAAUUCGAACCCCAGCGGGGUCACCCUUUCGCCAAAGGCUUCGGCCAGGGCCAGUAAGAAGCUGCUGGCCAAGAAGCGCCGCAACCGCAUCCAGAUGCUGAAGAUCCUGGAGUUCGAGAGUCCCAGGAUCAAGUACCGCCACUACUUCAAGGUGCUCAAGCUGCUGCGGAAGAGGAUCGCCUACAGCAGAACCAGGCAGCUGCGAGCCCUGCUGAUGAAGAAGCAGAUGGCCCGGCUGAAGGAGCACAAGCUGCCCCUCAUCAAGAGGCUGGUCAAGAAGUUCGUUCCCGCCCGGGAGUCUCCGCUGCGGAAUCCUCCCAGUCUGAAGGGCCUGAGUGUCUCCGCUCUGAACUCCUCGGCGUUCAGGAGCAGCUUGCUGAGCGGGACGGACCGGGAAACGGUCAUCAAGAGUGGCUACAACUGCAGGGAGAAGACUGAGGAGAAGGAAUUGGCGAUGGAGAUGGAGAUGGAGGAUCCCAGCUUGGACACCAACUCCGUGGAGCUGCAGUCGAACUUCAAGGGCUUCGACGACAUCGAAAACACAAACUUGUCGCCGGCAGUCAAGCUGCGAGUGGAGCCGGAGGAGCACGGAGGCACGGAACCGCCAGUCGAGGACCUUGUCCAGAACAAGGAGGAGCAGAUUCAGGCCUGGCUGGAGAGCAGCGUGGUGGCCACCCCGGAAAGCGAACCUCCCAAGCCGGAGGCCAGCACAACUAUUGCGUCGCCCGCUUCAUCCUCUUCGAGCUCGAGUUCCAGUGGCUCCAGCUCGGAUGACGACUCCAGCAGCACGAGCAGCCAGGAGGACGAGGAGGGCUCGUCCAGCAGCACCAGUUCCAGCAGUCCCAGCUCCCAGAGCUCCUCGGCCGCGGAGGAGAGCGACUUCAACGAGCUGGCCGCCCUGGAGAAGGAGCUGUCCCAGUCGCAGACCGAGGAGCCCAAGCGGGAGCUCUCCCCCCUGAAGGCGCAGGAGAUUACCCCAGGCGAAAUGGCGGAGAAAGAACACCGAGGAGCGGAGGUCUCCAACCACGACAUUGCCAAACUGAAGCGGAUCCUGGAGAGCGACGGCGAGGAGCUGGCGAACGGCUCCCAGCUGGCCAGCGUACCAAAGCUAAGUGACCUUAGUAAGAUUGCCUUAAAUAGUUCCUUAAAAAGAAGAGAGUUAGUCGUAAGCGAGAACGGGGAAGCCGAGGAGCAGGAACGGGAACCUGAGGCGGACCCGGAGGCGGAACACCCUAGCGAGAGUGGAGGAGAUCCUGCUCCCCGAGAACUGAGCGUGGAGGAGGCGCUGGCCGAGAUGUACCAGCAGAUAGGCGUGGCCUCCGACCCCGAGGACUUCGAGGUCGAGGGCAAGGAGGAGGGUGAGGAGGCGAGCGCCAACGCGCAGGACGUGCUGCUGAUCAACCUGGCCGAGAUCUUCGACUCCAGCAGCGACCUGUACGUGGUGCAGUGCGACAUGAACGAGAACAUCCUGGGCGUGGUGGCCAACGAGGAGCAGGAGGAGCUCGAGGCGGAGAACGUCGGCCAGGUGAACCUCGUGCAGGUGAGUCCCGAGGAGGCGGGUGGUGGUCAGGUGGACACCCUGCAACUCAUCCAGCUGCUGGCGGAGCCGCAGCCCGAGUUCGACGCCACGCCGCUGAUCCACCACGAGGAGAUCAUCCGCGACGAGCAGCCCGACCCGCACGGGGACCGGCGGGAGCUGCUCCGCUACCUGCACGGCAAGUACGUCCAGAGCAGGAUCAGCCGCUUCUACCACGCCCACCGCGUCCUGCGCAAGUACAGGCGGCAGCGGGCCAGCAGGAAGCGCCCCCGCCAGAUCAAAUAGGACUCCAGCUUCAACCAAAGAUAUUUCUGGUCCCUGGACAGGAUCAGAUGUGUCCGGCUCGCCUGAUGCCGGAUGCCAGGCGAAGGACACACCACACACCAAACACCACACACACGCGUAGAUACACCACAGAAGAAAACUACACUUUACCAGAAUCUCAAGACUUUUUAAAUAUUUGGAUUAACGUAGGAAACGGAAACGGAAACGGAAUAUAGCGUACGGUAGCUAUAGUCGUUGAUUUAGGGAACCAUUACUUGUAAACUUUUACGAUACUUACUUUACACCUACCACAUAGAGUCAUAGCGUACCGUAUACAUACAUAUAUUAACCAUAUAUUUUAGAUAUCUGUGCAAUAUUUACAUGGAAAUGUCGUGUUUAUCUGGAAUGCGCGAAUUCGAAUCUCGACGGGUUAAGCAUGAGUAAGCAGCGUUAGACGAUAGACGAGGGUUAACCGGGGGUCACUCGGGGAGUUUGGGGAGUUUCGGUCCGAGUCGCGUGCAAUUAACCAGAUACCAGAUACAUAUACAUAUUUUAUCGGCUAAUGUAUCUGCGUUUUAGCCGCUCAGCGAGCCGGGCCAUUUUAAAACGCUUUUCGCCAAAGGUCAGCCGCAGAUCGAGAUACUCGUACAUCGCAGUACGAGUACCUACUAUAUAUAUGGAAUGUACAUCGGGGGCAGUUGCGUGUUAGCCGCGACAUUAACUGAGGGCCAAGAUCCCCGCCUCCCCCGUAGCUUAGAUUUUUUAUUGCCACCAAAUGCAGCCUAGACCAAAAAGUAAACGAAACUAAAUACAUCUGUUGCAACUGUUUGAUCUGUUAGUUGGAAGAAGACUUUGUUUGUUUUAGUGCAAUUAUUCGUUAGGUUCCUAGAGCAAUUUGUUGUUUGUCUUAGACUUAGGGGACACCGGGAUCGUUUAGCUUUGACCCCGCAUCUCUGAGCAUAGAGCCCUAUUCCUAUACCGACCAGCAGAUCGCGGAAGCUCCGUUCCGUUCCACGAGGCCCGUCCCUAAUCGAUGCCAGCUAUAUUCCGCGACUCCACGGCAUAACCGAUCCGGGGAGUAAUCUAAUUUGGGCAAUUCUCAACGCUCGACUUUUGCGAAAUGCGAAAUGCGCAAUGCGAGAUGCGGAUGCGGAAAUCCAAGGGAAAUUCAAGGGCAAUGCCAACUGGGGAACAGAAUCGGGGAGAAUGGUCUGCAGUCCUAGAAUCCUGUACAAUGUAAUAUUAUCUUAUAGUCGAGACCACCUAGAUGUCUUUUCUCUCGUAACACAUUCCAAAGGACCAACUUUCGAAACUAACCAAUACCUAAUGUCUAGCUAAGCUUCUAAGUGUUCGUUUUUCAUUAGUAACUGGUUUAAACUAAGUAAUACGCUUAAUUUUAGUACAAAAGCAGAAUGCAAUGCUAGCCCACUAAAUGGAGUAACAACGUUAGCAGUAACGAUAAUAUUUAUUGCGCAAUAUGUACAUACAUUCCCCUCACUCCUUUGCCACUCUACACAUUCCUCGAUGGAUAUACCUACCAUAUAUUUUCCUCUAGCUCUAUUCGUGCAUGUCGGAGGGUUUUCACUGUACCUUAGCCUUAAGAUUUGUGACUUUAUCAAUGUGAGUGUCUUGAGCGAACCAAACAAAAGAAACGAUAUACGAAAUCCUAAGAGAGAAUAAAUGUUUUAUGUAAAUGUUAA